GUAUAAAACGUGACGAUGCCCUGGAGACGACACAGUCCAUCGGAUUUUUCAGUGUAAACACUUGUGAGCAGUCACAUAAUCCAAGCAAAAUGAUCGCCAAAUUCGUUAUUGUCUUCGCCCUGGCUUUCGCCUCCGUCAGCGCUGGUGUAGUUGCUCCCGCCGCGCUAGUCGCCCCUGCCGUCGCCCCCGCGGCGGUCGUGGCUCCCUACGCUAGCUCAUACUCAGCUCAUGCCGUCAACCACGCGGUGGCUGCACCAGUAGUCACAGCACCCUAUGUCGCCGCGGCCCCAUACGUCGCUGCCCAUGCUGCCCCCUACGUCGCCGCCCCCGCUGCACCCCUCGUCGCCCCCGCGUCACCAUACUUCGGCAGAUACCUCUCCUCCCCAUACUUCCUAUAAACGAAUUUGGUUGAAAUCAUUGCCUAGUGACUUGCUCAGACUUGUAUAAUAUGCUUCCUAGAUAAUUAUAUUGAAUAUGUAUAUUGUUGAUAAACGAAUUUAUACAUAAG